ACAGUAACUGGCUAUUUUUCUGCUCACACAGGCAAAAAUGGACAUUCAAGAGUAUUUCGCAAGAAUUUCUUACAACAGUUCCCAUAAGGAUGCAGACUUGCAAACCUUGACAGACAUUUUCCAGCAUCACAUCCAGGCAAUUCCUUUUGAAAACCUCAGCAUGCAUUGUGGGGAGACCAUCGAACUGGAUUUACAGUCUACUUACAAUAAGAUAGUGAGGAAGAAACGUGGUGGAUGGUGCCUGGAAAGCAACCACCUUUUAUUUUGGGCCUUGCAACAAUUAGGGUAUGACAUCUGUAUUCUUGGAGGAAAUACUUAUGAACCAGCAGAGGGGGCGUACACUGCUGAGAUGAAUCAUAUCCUACUGAAGGUGGUGAUCAAGGGAGAUCCCUACAUAGUAGAUGCGGGUUUUGGCGGUGCCUACCAGGCGUGGCAGCCACUGAUGUUGGUUUCUGGGAAGGAUCAACCCCAGGUCCCCGGCAUCUUCCGCUUCAUGGAAGACAACGGCACCUGGUUCUUUGAGAAAGUCAAAAGGAAGCAUUAUAUUCCUGAGCAAAGUGUCCCUUUUGCUGAUACUCCUCAACGGGGGAAUAUCAGAAAAAUAUAUACAUUCACUCUCAAGCCACGGCAUAUAGAAGACUUUCAGGAGGUAAACACGUACCUACAAGUGUCUACAGAUCACGUACUUCGGAAGAAGUCGCUCUGCAGCCUCCAGACCACUGAGGGGUUUUACUCCUUAGUUGGCUGGACCUUCACUGAGAUGAAGUAUAACUACAUGGACGGCAUGGAUGUGGUGCAGAUCACAACUCUUACUGAUGAAGAGGUUGAGAAGACCCUGAAAGACAAACUCAAUAUAGUGUUGGAGAACAAACUUGUACCAGUAAAUGUUCGUGGCUUGCCACCUAAUUUAGUGGAUACAUUCCAAUUCUAAUGGUGUGCUAGAUGGAUCUUUAAAUAUCCACUAUAAAAAUUAACAUUAAUAAUAGUAAUCUGAAUCUGAAAUUGAGCUAAUCAGAUGAACACCAGUCUUAGUAAAUUCAAGUACAUUGCUAAUGAACUGCUUAUACCAAUUGCAUUUUUUUUCUUAAGCUUCUCCUCUUUUGGAAAUGGAGACAUCUUACUACCUCUAGUUUGCUCACGUGGAAAUUGCUUUUUGACUCCAUAACUCUCUGGAUCUCAUUUUAUUUCAGAUAUAUAUUGUGGCAGAGGAGACCAAAACGAUACGGAAGGAGAAGCUUCAUUACCAUUUUACACAAAAGACCUCUAACCUUUUUUGGUGUUAUUUCCAAUUUUCUUCUCGGCAGAGUUUUACAAAUUAUUCACUUCCGUUAACAGUCUGCAAGAGAAAGUUGAGCUGAAUUUGGCUUUCAAAGACUUCAUAAUGAAAUGAAAGGUUAAGACUUUUUCAAAACAAGCCACUAUUAGGUGCUGAUUAGCUUAUGAUGAAAUAAGUUGAAAGACUUGAGUCCUAUUCCCUUACCAGAAAUUGACUUAAAGUGAGCUAUUUAUGCAAGGACACCUUAAAAACUCCCCAAACUGUCUAAUUUUGAGCAUCCAGUUUUUCUGAGUCAGAAAGCCAGGAAAGUGAAGGUAGCAUUACUCUGUGGCUUUGGUGCAAUAAGGACAAUUUAUCUCUGAUGAGGAUGGGGCUUGUUGGUUUCACUGCUCAUAAAUGAUGAUUCCUGCUGCAUUUAGGCAUUUCUUUUCCAGAGCUAAUAAAUAUGUGUGUAUAUAUAUAUA